AUGUCCUCCAUCUUCUCCUCGGUCCCGACGGCGCCCCCGGACGCCAUUCUCGGCCUGACGGCCCAGUUUCGCGCCGAUCCGGACCCGCGCAAGGUCAACCUCGGCGUCGGUGCCUUCCGCACCUCCUCCAACAAGCCGUACGUCCUGCCGGUCGUGCGCCGCGUCGAGCAGCAGCUGGCCGACGACCCGUCUGCCACGCACGAGUACCUGCCGCAGGACGGGCUGCAGUCGUUCUGCGACGCGUCGGCCCGCCUGAUCCUGGGCGCGGACAGCCCGGCCCUGGCCGACGGCCGCGUCACCACCGUGCAGGCCCUGUCCGGCACGGGCGCGCUGCGCGUGGGCUUCGCCUUCGUCGCCAACUUCAUCUCCAGCUCGACAAGCGUGUACGUGCCCAAGCAGACGUGGUCCAACCACCGCAACGUCAUCCCGGCCGCCGGCCUGCCGCGCGCGCUAGAGUACCGCUACCUGGACCCGCGCACGGGCGCCGUCGACAUCGCCGCGCUCGUGGAGGACCUGGACAAGGCCCCCGCAGGGUCCAUCAUCCUGCUCCACGGCUGCGCCCACAACCCCACCGGCGCGGACCCGACGCAGCCGCAGUGGUUGCAGAUCCUUGACGUCGUCAAACGACGCAAGCUCGUCCCGUUCUUUGACAAUGCGUACCAGGGCUUCGCCUCGGGCAGCCUGGAGACAGACGCGUGGUCUGUGCGUACUUUUGUCGCCGCGGGCCUGGACAUGCUCGUCGCGCAGAGCUAUGCAAAGAACAUGGGCAUGUACGGCGAGCGCGUCGGCGCACUGUCCGUCGUGGCUUCGAGCGCUGGUGCGGAGGACGCCGUGCGCUCGCAGCUCAAGGCCACUAUCCGCGCCAUGUACUCCAGCCCGCCAAAGCAUGGCGCGAUGGUGGCCGCCGCCAUCCUGGGCGAUGAAAAGUUAUUCGCAGAGUGGGAGGGAGAGCUGGUCAAGAUGUCGGCUCGCAUUAUGGAUAUGAGAGUCAAGCUCAAAGCCGCGUUGGAGAAGAAUGCCACGCCGGGCAAUUGGGACAGGAUCACGAGCCAGAUCGGUAUGUUUAGUUACACGGGGUUGACGAGCCAGCAGGUGACGUUUAUGAGGGAAAAAUACCAUGUGUACAUGACGGCGAACGGCAGGAUAAGCAUGGCCGGCCUCACAGAUGACACCGUGCAGUAUGUUGCGGACGCCAUGAAGGACGCUGUAGAGAGUGUUGUCAAACAAGAUUGA